AUGGGAAGUGAUUUUAUACCAAAACAUUUUCAAUACAAAAAAUAUCGUUUCUUAGCUGUUUCAUUUACGUCAUUAAUUUUCUUCACUACUAUUUCAUUAUUUUGUUCUGAAGAAAUAAUUUGUAUAAUAAAUAAAAGUUACUGUUUUCUUGUUUUUUAUUUCUUCUUAUAUGUUCCUAGUAUAGUUUUAACAAUAUGGUCAUAUUAUCGAACCGUAUUUACAGAUGUUUGGUUGCCAAAUGACAUUGACACUAAUACUGAAUUUAAAAUUUGUAAACGUUGUCAUCAUCGAAAACCUAUGAGGUGUCAUCACUGUAGUCAAUGUCAAGCUUGUGUAUUAAAAAUGGAUCAUCACUGCCCCUGGCUAGGUACCUGUGUUGGAUUUAAGAAUCACAAAUUCUUUAUUCUCUUCCUCAGUUAUGCUGGGUUAACUUGUUGUAUUGUAACAGUUUUUUCUGCAUUAUUUAGUGUAACAGAUUAUAUUCAGAACAAAGCAUUUACUGUCUCUGGGACUGUUCAUUUAGUACAUUUACUUGUAGGAAUUGCAUUUGGACUAUCAGCAUUUUCUAUGAUCACAGUUCAGAUACCAAUUGCUUUAACAAAUUCUACAACUAUAGAACGGGAUUAUUUCUCUUGUUGUAGCACUAAACAAACAAGACAAGAUAAUCCAUAUGACUUAGGUAAUAUCAAAAACCUUCAAUUAAUGUUUGGAACUAAUAUUUUGACUGCAUUGUUACCUAUUUACACUACUCAAGGAGAUGGAAUGCAUUGGGAAUUAAAUAGUGAGUGUUUUGAUGAUGAAGAACAAAAACUAGUAAAACAAAAUAGCAAAGAAGAAAAUAGUGAAUGA